UGGCCUGAAGGAGGGCUGCUCUUCUCUCAUUACUAAGCCAAACACACACACACACACACGCACGCACGCACGCACGCACGCACGCACGCACGCACGCACGCACGCACACACACACACACACACACACACACACACACACACACACACACACACACACACACAGCCAGGGAGCCGGCAAAGAAUCCUAGGGAGACAGAGUGAGCGCCUGCCGACCUGCAACCAUGGCCGACAUGGAAUCUCUAACAGAGGCGUUGAGUGCCAUCAGUGUGAGCACUGAGAUGGUAGAGCAGGAGUUGAAGCCUCAUCUGGACACCCUGCUGGCUGUGCUACUGGAGAAGAAGAAGGGUGCUGCUGAGGAGAUCGCCUCCAGUGGGAUCCUUCCCAUCUUAGCCCAGUCCCUCAGGGUGAAGAGUCCUCUCACCAACCAAGUGGCGUUGGUGGUUGCAGAAAUGGCCAGGGAAGCGGCGGUGAGGGACCCGUGCAUUGAUGCGGGGCUGGUGACGGUUCUGGUGCCCCUGCUGAACAGUGCAGACGAGGAGCUGCUGCUCCACACUGGCAGAGCCAUCGGACGCAUCUGCUUCGACAACACGGCCCAGCAGGAUCAGCUGGUGCAGUGUGGGGUGAUCCCCAGGCUGGUGGCCAUCAUGAGGGAGAACCUAGAGAACGACCCACUGGUCAACGUGUGUCUGCUGGCCCUCUGUAACCUGGCCGACAUGGACACGACGCGGGAGGCUCUGGUAGAGGUGGGUGUGGCAGAGGUGCUGACGGCCCAGCUAAAACUGGCUACUGACGCAGAGAGAAGACACAUCAUACUGGAGGUUCUGGGAUCACUGGGAGAGAGUGACGUUCUGAAGCUGCAGUUUGUGGAGUCGGGGGUUCCUGAGGCUCUGUCCGAGAUGAUUCGGGGGCUACAGGGUGGCUCUGACCCCCAUGACCUCUGCAGCAUCAAGAUUGCCUCUAACCUCAUCGUUUCCCUCCUGCUGGGAGAUGAGUCCAUGCAGAAGUGUUUUGGCGAGGGCACGGGUGUGGUGUACCGGGAUGUACUCUCUUGGCUACAGUCCUCCAACACUCAGCUGCAACUGUCUGGAGCCCUGGCCAUCGCCAACUUUGCCAGGAACGACAGUAACUGUGUGAAGAUGUUGGAGUUAGGGGUGGUUCCUCAUAUCCUGACCCUACUGGAGCAGCAUGUGGACGAAGGCGACGUGUCCGUCCAGCAUGCCGGACUGAGUGCGCUCAGAAACCUGGCGAUCCCAGCCAGUAAUAAGGUGAGGAUGCUGGAGGACGGGGUGACAGAGAGAAUAAGGACCUUGCUGCGCUCUGACAUGCCCCCAGUGCAGUUCAAACUGCUGGGCACCCUGCGCAUGAUGGUGGAUGGACAAGAGGAGGCAGCUGCAGUGCUGGGUAAAGAUGAGGUUUUGUUGGCGAGGAUCAUGGAGUGGUGUGAGGCACGGGACAAUGCAGGGGUCAGGGGAGAGGCCAACCGCCUCCUGGCCGCCCUUAUUAGACAUAGCCGUGCCCCGGAAGUCAUCAAUGCUGUAACCAAAGCAGAUGGGGUGCGACACCUCAUCUCCAUGGCAACCAGUGAACACUUGAUCAUGCAGAAUGAAGCCCUGGUGGCCCUGGCGAUUGCAUCUGCCAUUGACAUCGCCUCCAUGCAGGAAUCAUUCCGAGAGGCAGAGCUCUUGCCCACACUGCAGAAGAUGCUGGAUGACCCAGUGGCGACGGUGGAGUUCAAGUUCAGUGCCCUAGGGCUUAUCUGUAGCCUGGCCAACUCCAGCUCGAUGAAGGAAGAAAUGGAAUCUCUUAACCUGAAGGAGACGCUCAACAAGCUCUCUGGUCACUCCAGCAUCAACGUAGCCACACAGGCUGACACAGUGCUGGCCAUGCUUUCUGAAAUCAGCUAGACUGGCCUGCCCGGACCACUGCCCUGGUCAAUGUGACCAUAGACUCUCAGCACCACAUGCCACCACAACCUCCCCUACUAUCGUGACUACACCAUUCUCUCCAUGAAAAGAAGCAGAUAUUGAGUCUUCCAAACCUGGGCCUCCAUUCACCAGGUCUAUGGAGAGCACAGCUGGACAGAGCUACAUUAAGACUGACCAACCCAAUCUGACAGAGCGCUAACAAGGUGAUAGCCUAUGUUCUAAGCACAAGCUGAAUGAGCCAACCCAUGAAAACGCACACGAAUCACAACAACCCCAGUUCAGUCCUCAUGACCAUCUGUAAAAAAUAGUGUUUAUGUGUGAAAUAGCUCUUCUAAUCAGUACUCCAAUCAAUUCACUGUAUGUAUGAUUUCCGAUAACGACCAGUGUAUAUUAUCAAAGGAAACGUUUGCGUAUAGGGUUAAUCAUGGCUACUGUUUCAUAGCAUCUGAUGUGCUUACCCUCAAUGGAAAACACAAAACUAACGCCUGACACUGUUUAUCCAUGUGAUGUUCCAUCUAUACUCUGUAUUGACCAAUGUCCAUGGAUGUAAAUGUUCCUAGAAUAGGACCUGUCUCUUCUCUGUGGAUCUUGCAUAGUGAGAUCCCCUCUGUAAUAUCUACAGUUUACAGCCCAAGAAAAGCAUUCAAAGCCAAUAUCUCUGAUAUUUUACCAAAGUGCAUUUGAAUUAGUGCUAGUUAUCUGAGAGCACAGGUGGGUGGGCACUGGGGAUAAUCAUUACAGACCUGUGAGAGUGUCAGGCAGCUCCCCCACUUGUUGCCAGCUCCAAAAUUCAGACUGAAAGGGAUCAAUAUGUUAUGUUGAUGCUAGGCCAGCAAAGGGCUUGUGAUGAAGGGAGCUUUAAUGUUGCACUCAGAGCCUUGCUGAUUCAACUCCUUUUAACACCAAUUUGUUAAGGGGUCUUGAGCCCAACAGAGACUGACUGGCUAUUUCAAAAGGAUUAAUAGAGCUAAUAGCAACUGAAAAACAGCUCUCCAUCUGUCUUUCCUUUUAGUACCUAAUAGGCUACUCAAUGGGAGCUGAGUUUGUAAAUUAGCUUUUAAUGUUGAAUGAAUGAGAUUGGUGGGUUUUCUCACUAUCUAAUCGUGGCAUGUGGUUGUUCAAUGACAGACAUGUAUUUGUUUAAAAUCUAUAACUUUUUCAUUUCAGAGAGACACAUAUUCAUGUUUUUUUGCAAAAUGCUAACAAAUAUGUAACAAAUAACUACAUUUUUAAUAAAGAAAUGUACAAAUUAUACUUUUGUGACAUCAAUAGUAUUUAAUUUUCUAAAUAAGUUAUUCAAUACAGUAAUAUGAGAUCUGUAUGUAAAACAUUUACAUUUGACAUUUUUGUCAUUUAGCAAAUGCUCUUAUCUAGAGUGACUUAAGUAAGUGUAGUAAGUGCAUUCACCUUAAAAUAGCUAGGAGAGACACCCACAUAUCACUGUCAAAUAUACAGGGCAUGAACAUUCCAUUCCAGCUAAACAAUGGAUAUAUAGCGUUUUGCAAAUAAACACAUUUUCAUACACAUCUAAUAUCUAUUAUAUACAAAUCUGAGAAUAGUUAUAGUUUACACACACAUGAAGGUAACCAGAAGCAAUCAUUUCUGAUGCAAAAACACAAAUGUGAAAAAUGUGUGGAUAUAGCAUUAUGGAAAUAAACUCUAAAAUGUGUGGAUAUAGCAUUAUGGAAAUAAACUCUAAAAUAUGUGGAUAUAGCGUCAUGGAAAUAAACUCUAAAAUAAGUGGAUAUAGCGUUAUGGAAAUAAACUCUAAAAUGUGUGGAUAUGGCGUUAUGGAAAUAAACUCUAAAAUGUGUGGAUAUAGCGUUAUGGAAAUAAACUCUAAAAUGUGUGGAUAUGGCGUUAUGGAAAUAAACUCUAAAAUGUGUGGAUAUAGCGUUAUGGAAAUAAACUCUAAAAUGUGUGGAUAUGGCGUUAUGGAAAUAAACUCUAAAAUGUGUGGAUAUAGCGUUAUGGAAAUAAACUCUAAAAUGUGUGGAUAUGGCGUUAUGGAAAUAAACUCUAAAAUGUGUGGAUAUGGCGUUAUGGAAAUAAACUCUAAAAUGUGUGGAUAUAGCGUUAUGGAAAUAAACUCUUCAAUUGAUCUUUGAAAUAACUAUGUUGGUGUUUUAAUAAAAAAAG